GCCCCUGGGAAGGAGAAGCAGGCGGCGGAGGAGCCCCGCCAGGAGGGCCAUGUCCCGCUCCAACCGGCCGCGCGAGUACAAGAGCGGAGACCUGGUCUUCGCCAAGAUGAAGGGCUACCCGCACUGGCCCGCCAGGAUUGACGAGAUGCCAGAGUCGGCCAUCAAGUCAGCCUCCAACAAAUACCAGGUCUUCUUCUUUGGGACUCAUGAAACGGCCUUCCUGGGACCCAAAGACCUCUUUCCCUAUGAGGAGUGCAAGGCAAAGUUUGGCAAGGCCAACAAGCGGAAAGGCUUCAGUGAAGGCCUCUGGGAGAUCGAGAACAACCCCACCGUCAAGGCCUCGGGAUACCAGCCCACCCAGAAGAAGGCCUCUGCCACGGAGGAUGCCAAGAGCGAGCGGGAGAGUGGCAAGAAAGGCAGCCCUGAGGGGAGCAGCGAUGAGGAGGGCAACCUGGUGAUCGAUGAACAGUCCAAGGAGAAGAAUGAGAAGGUGGCUGGGAAUAAGCGGAAAGCAGAGGGUGCUCUGGAGGAUUCCUCCCCCAAGCGCAUCAAGGAAGCUGAGGCCCAGGAGGAUGCUGGGGAGAAGCCAGGCUGCGAAGGAGCCCCCCAGGAGGCGGCUGAGAAGCAGAAGCCCAGCGUCCCGGCAGGGGAUCAGGAGACAAAAAGCGGUGGGGGCAGCAACCCGGCUGACAAGCCCAGAGCAGAGGAUGAAGGGAAGGAGAAAGCCACCACUGAGGAGGAAGAGGACGAGGAGGAGGAAGACGAGGAGGAGGAAGAUGAGGAGGAGGGGAGCAGAGAUCACAAGGAGAGCCUGUAACUAGCCGGCCCACCUGGUCGUUGGACCCGAUCCUGACCUGCUGGUUUCUCUGGGUGCUAAGAGCCAGAUUUUCCUGCCCCGGCUUGCCAUCUCUGCCACUUCGGAGGGAGGGGAAAGAUCCGCAGCCGAGGCACCAACAUUUCUACAGAAGCGAAUGGAAAUCGACCCACCCAGCCAACCUGCGUCUCUCCCGUCUGGCCGUUUUGCCAGCCCCGCUCUUUGAGUUAGUUACUUCUCGGGUUGGGAGUGCUCAGCAGCCACUUUGAAAUAAAAGCAGUUGAAUGCCUUUUUAAAAAAAUAAUAAA